AUGGUAAGAACACAAACAUUUCCAGUCUCACUCCUCUUUGGCCCGUUGUUGCUCGACGAGGCAAACGCCGUGGAGCACACGGCGUACAUGUGGUCCACCAAGAAGAAGUGGUGGAUUCUUACCGUCGUGGCGCUCUGCCAGACGAGUAUGAACUUCAACGCGGCCGUAUACGGCAAUGCGAUUGGUCGCCUCAACGACCACUACAACCUCGGUGACAACCACUUCACCAACGCCAGGGCGGGGAUGGCGUACUUCCUCAUCCUCUACGGGAUUGGUUGCGAGCUGUGGGCGCCGUGGUCGGAGGAGUACGGUCGCUUUUGGGUGAUGCAGAUCUCCCUGGGCACUGUCAACCUCUGGCAGAUCCUGGCUGGCGCAAGCAGCCAUUGGUGGAUGGUUCUUCUCGCGCGUUGUCUCGGUGGUCUCUGCUCGGCAGGAGGCUCUGUCACCCUUGGCAUGGUCGCCGACAUGUUCGACUCCGAGGAGCAGCAGUACGCUGUGCUCUGGGCUAGCUUGUGGUCUUGUCUUGGUUCCGUUGUCGGUGGUAUCUGCGGAGGUUCGAUCGAGCAGUACCUUGACUGGCGAUGGAACUUCUGGAUCCAGCUCAUGUUCGGCUGCGUCGUCCAGGGCGUCCACUUCUUCGUGGUUCCCGAAAGUCGUGCCACGGUCAUGCUCAACAAGCAUGCGAAGAAGCUGCGCAAGGCUGGCCAAGGCGACGUCCGGGGCCCUACUGAGCAGCACAAGCUGGACAAGAAGGAGAUCCUGGCGAUUAUGGGUCGUCCAUACAAAAUGCUGGUCUGCGAGCCCAUCGUCGGCUUCUUGUCUCUGCUCAGUGGAUUCGCCGACGCCCUGAUCUUCAGCUUCCUGGAGUCCUAUAGCUACGUGUUCAAGGACUCCGCUUGGAACUUUACCGCGAGCCAGCUGGGCCUUGCCUUGAUUGCACUGUUCAUUGGUUACUGGUGCGCAUGGGGAUCGUACCUUCCGGUCAUCAGGCGGCACAACCAGCAGCGAAAGGCGGGUAAAGAGCUUACCCCCGAGAGCAGGCUGUGGUUCCUCCAGUACGUCGUGCUUGGACUCCCGAUCGGCCUCUUGGGCUCCGCCUUUGUGGUGGGAGGGCCGCCUAUCCCGUGUAUUGCGCCUCUCAUCUUUGCGGUUCUGAUCGGCUGGGCCAACAUGGCCAUCUACUACGCCACGAUCGAUUACAUGGUCGCGGCGUAUGGAGGGAUGUAUGCUGCUUCUGCCACCGGCGGUAACGGCUUCUCGCGGGAUGUUCUUGCUGGCCUCUGCUCCUUCUACACAGGUCCCAUGUACCACAAGCUAGGGACCAAGAACGCGACGUGGAUACUCUUCGCCCUCUCCGUAGUUGUAUGCAUCCCGGUGUAUGUCAUCUACCAUAAGGGCCCCCAGAUCAGGGCUCGAAGCAAGUACGCGGAGAAGGUCCAGGCGGAGAGAGAAAAGAACGCCGCAGCCCGCGAAAAGAUCGCCGAGAGGCAGCAGGCUCUGCAAGCUGCGGGGAACGCCCAGGUGUAG